GACCCAUUCCAGAAGAAUCUCCAAGAAAAAGAGACAGAUUGUGCGACUACUCUGUCGCAUGGACGAAGAAAAAAUGGAGCAAGAGCUUCUUCUAAAUGAACAUCAGCUGGCAUUAACAGAAUCACAGAAUCAGCUGGCUAAAGAAAGAGAAGACUGGCAGAGUCAAAUCACCUCCCUGCAGCAGGAAAUGGCGGAAUUAGGAAAACCUUGUGAGGAGGUUAACGCGUCCAGGACAAGGAUCGCAGAACUACAAGGUCAGAUUGAAGACCUAAAACUGGAUCAACAGAAGAAAGAUGAUAUGCUGCAGGAAGCUGCUCAGAAAGCUGCUCAGCUUGAAGAACAGAUGAGCCACAAGAAAGAACUUUUAGAGAAAGUGGAAACCUCUUCGAGCUGCCUGACAAACGAAAGGCAACAAAGGGAGGUAGAAAAGUCCUCUUUCAUGCAAGAAAUCGCUCAGCUAAGGGAAGCUCUAAAAGAGGCUGAGGUGACCCAUAACAGAAGAAUCUUCAGGAAAAAGAGACAGAUCGUCCGACUACUCUGUCGGAUGGACGAGGAAAAAACGGAGCAAGAACUUCUUCUAAAUGAACAUCAGCUGGCAUUAAGAGAAGCACAGAAUCAGCUGGCUAAAGAGAGAGAAAACUGGCUGAGUCAAAUCACCUCCCUCCAGCAGGAAAUGGCGGAAUUAAGAAAACCUUGUGAGGAGGUUAACGCGUCCAGGACAAGGAUCGCAGAACUACAAGGUCAGAUUAAAGACCUAAAACUGGAUCAACAGAAGAAAGAUGAUAUGCUGCAGGAAGCUGCUCAGAAAGCUGCUCAGCUUGAACAACAGAUGAGCAGGGAAAGACAUUAA